AAAAGUUUUCACGUUUACGUUUCUGUUGAUUACUUUCUUGUAAUCGGUUACUGUUGUUUCGAGUUUUUGGAGCUGCUAGCAAACGAAAUCGGAUUAAUUUCUGUUAUUAAACCAGACCAAUUAAAACUAUUUCAAACGUGAUGAGGCCAGGUGAAAAUGGCAAAGAACGGCGCCGCAGCAGAUCCCAUUCGCCGGUGGAUAGAAAAAAGAAACGUUCCCGAAGCCGUGAUCGAGACCGAGAUCGUACGAAGACCUCAUUUCGAUUCAAAGAUCUGGGAAGGCGAGACCGGGAACGGGAUCGCGAGCGAGAACGCAGAGAUCGUGAAAGGGAAAAGGAGAUAGAGAAGGAACGCGCACGGGAGGCGGAAAGGAAGCGGGAGUGUGAGAAGGAACGCGAGAAACUCCGCGAACAUGCCACCAAAUAUGCCCAAAGCGUUAGCAGCAACAGUAAUUUCCGCCAGUCCAAGUUUGACCAGAAACCACCCGGUUUGGUUGAGAAAGAAGUUAAAAAACCUCCAAAGGAAGAACCUAAGGAGAAGGAAGAUUCAUUUGAUUUAUCAGUGCCCAUGGAUAAGGAAGAGGAACAACGCAGAUUGGAACAAGAAAUGGUUAAGCGGAGGGAGCGAAUCGAGCGUUGGCGGGCGGAGCGAAAAAGAAAAGAAAUUGAGAUAAAGAAGCCAACGGUUUUGUCAGGAAGCAAUAUACCGAAAAAAUGGAGCCUUGAAGAUGACGAAGAGGAUGACGAGGACGAUGUUAAGGAUAACAAGGGUAACGACGAGGAGGACGAUGUUGAUCCGUUAGAUGCGUUUAUGAAAGAGGUCAAUGAUGAGGUUCGCAAGGUAAACAAUUUUGCUGCUCCUGCUACUCAACCCGAAGGGAAGGCUGCAGUCAACUCUGGCGUCACGAUUAUCACCGGCGUAGCGAAGAAGAAUGCUGAAGGUGUUAAAAAGGGCGAACUUAUUGAGCAAAAUCAAGACGGGCUUGAAUAUUCUUCGGAGGAGGAACAAGAAGACAUAAAAGAUACAGCAGCCAACCUUGCGAAUAAGCAAAAGAAAGAGCUGGCUAAAAUUGAUCAUACAGGAAUCAAUUAUUUACCCUUCCGAAAGGCAUUCUAUGUUGAAGUUCCGGAGAUUGCUAAAAUGACCCAAACAGAGGUUGAUGUUUAUAAAACAGAGCUCGAGGGAAUUGGCGUUAAAGGCAAAGGUUGCCCAAAACCUAUCAAAACCUGGGCACAUUGCGGUGUGUCUAGGAAGGAAUUCGAUGUUCUACGCAAGCUAGGUUUUGAGAAACCUACUCCCAUUCAGUGUCAAGCUAUUCCUGCAAUCAUGUCAGGACGGGAUCUCAUUGGUAUUGCCAAAACAGGAAGCGGUAAAACUUUGGCCUUCAUUCUACCAAUGUUUCGGCAUAUACUCGAUCAGCCUUCUCUAGAGGACGGAGACGGGCCGAUUGCCAUCAUAAUGACCCCGACGCGAGAACUUUGCAUGCAAAUUGGGAAAGACAUUAAAAAGUUUGCGAAAUCAGUGAAUUUGCGUGCGGUUUGCGUUUACGGUGGCACAGGAAUUUCCGAACAGAUCGCGGAACUAAAGCGGGGAGCGGAGAUUAUUGUUUGCACACCGGGUCGUAUGAUCGAUAUGUUGGCAGCGAACUCGGGUCGCGUGACGAAUCUCCGUCGAGUGACUUACGUUGUGCUGGACGAGGCGGAUCGUAUGUUCGAUAUGGGAUUCGAGCCGCAAGUGAUGAGGAUAAUCGAUAACAUUCGGCCGGAUCGACAGACUGUAAUGUUCAGCGCAACUUUCCCACGACAAAUGGAAGCGCUGGCAAGACGUAUAUUACGAAAGCCUAUCGAGAUCCAAGUUGGCGGCCGAUCGGUUGUCUGCAAAGAAGUCGAACAGCACGUGGUCGUGUUGGAAGAGGAUGCAAAAUUCUUCAAAUUAUUGGAAUUAUUGGGUUUGUAUCAGGAACUCGGUAGCAUCAUUGUUUUUGUCGAUAAGCAAGAAAAUGCCGACAUUCUAUUGAAGGAUCUGAUGAAGGCUUCCUAUCCAUGUUUGAGUCUGCAUGGCGGUAUUGAUCAAUUUGAUCGAGAUUCAACGAUCAUCGAUUUCAAGCAGGGUCGUGUUAAACUGCUUAUCGCAACGUCCGUUGCGGCUCGAGGAUUGGAUGUCAAACAAUUGAUUCUGGUUGUUAAUUAUGAUUGUCCCAAUCACUAUGAGGAUUAUGUGCAUAGGUGUGGCCGCACCGGUCGAGCCGGAAACAAAGGUUUCGCAUGGACUUUCCUUACACAAGAACAGGGCCGUUAUGCUGGCGAUAUAAUCCGUGCGCUAGAGUUAUCCGGUGGGACUGUUCCAGACGAUCUCAGAGCGCUUUGGGAUACCUACAAAACAACACAGGAAGCCGAAGGAAAGAAGGUCCACACCGGAGGCGGCUUCAGCGGAAAAGGGUUCAAGUUUGAUGAACAGGAAGCCGCGGCAGUUAAUGAGCGUAAAAAGCUGCAAAAAGCAGCUCUUGGUUUACAAGAUUCCGAUGAUGACGAUGAUUUAGAGCAAGACAUAGAUCAACACAUUGAAAGUAUGUUCGCCACCAAGCGAAUCGUAAAAGAAGUGGAAGCACCAGUUAUCACACAGACCGUUGCGGCUCCAGUGUCGAGCUCGACGAAUUCCGACAAGCUUGAACUUGCUAAAAGACUCGCAUCGCGCAUCAAUCUGCAGAAGAAUCUCGGAUUCGAAGCGAAGGGAGCGACACAACAGGCGGCUGAAGCUAUCCUCAAGGGCGGAACCACUCAACAGCUUAUCACAGCUAAGACAGUGGCCGAACAGUUGGCCGCCAAGCUCAACAAUAAACUCAACUAUCAACCUAAAGAUGAAGAAGACGCACCCGAGGAAACUAAAGAAACAGUAUUCCGUAAAUAUGAGGAAGAAUUGGAGAUCAACGAUUUUCCACAGCAAGCAAGAUGGAAGGUCACUUCAAAGGAGGCUCUUGCACAAAUAUCGGAGUAUUCCGAAGCUGGUCUCACAGUACGUGGCACUUACGUUCCCCAGGGCAAACCUGCUCCGGAAGGAGAGCGUAAACUCUAUUUGGCGAUUGAAAGCUGUUCUGAGCUGGCUGUAACGAAGGCGAAGCGCGAGAUAACACGUCUUAUCAAGGAAGAACUGUUGAAGCUGCAGGCUUCAUCACACCACAUAAUUAAUAAGUCGCGAUACAAAGUAUUGUAAUUUGAUUUAUAUGAUUACUACUGGUUGAUAGUGACGGUGAGUUAAACAUUCAAAACUAAUAAGCGCUUAAAUAUUACGAAAUUAUAGAGAACAAUAAAAAUUCCGAUCAAACGCCAA